CCUGGGUCUGCUGUCGUCCAGCCACGAACUAGCUUGAGAUCCCGGAUAAGUCUCUCUGAGCCUCGGUUUCCCCUUCUGUCAAGUCGCCUCGAAGGUCCCCCGGGCUCGGUUCGGUGGCGAGUUUGAGGCGUGUGGGGGAGGGGAGGGGAGGGAGCGUGCCCGAGACGCGGGAGCCGCGACCGCUUUCUGCGAAGUCAGGGAGGGUGCGGGCGUUGAGGGGCGGCAGCAGAGGGCGCUGGGUCGCCAGCCUGGGCCGCGUCUCCCAUUGGUCAGGGCUGGGGCGCUGGGCUGGAGAGUUGGUGGAAAGUGACAAGUUGAGCGAGAGAGGGAGCGUGGAGACCGGGAGCAGCCGCCACCGCCGCCGCCGAGGGAGCCCCGGGACGGCAGCCCCUGGGCGCAGGGUGCGCUGUUCUCGCAGUCCGAGCCAGGGCGACUCACGCCCACUGGUGCGACCCGGACAGCCUGGGACUGACCCGCCGGCCCAGGCGAGGCUGCAGCCAGAGGGCUGGGAAGGGAUCGCGCUCGCGGCAUCCAGAGGCGGCCAGGCGGAGGCGAGGGAGCAGGUUAGAGGGACAAAGAGCUUUGCAGACGUCCCCGGUGUCCUGCGAGCGCCAGCGGCCGGGACGAGGCGGCCGGGAGCCCGGGAAGAGCCCGUGGAUGUUCUGCGUGCGGCCUGGGAGCCGCCGCCGCCGCCGCCGCCGCGAGAGGAGGAAUGCACCGGCCGCGCCGCCGCGGGACGCGCCCGCCGCUCCUGGCGCUGCUGGCCGCGCUGCUGCUGGCCGCCGCACGCGGGGCUGCUGCCCAAGAAACAGAGCUGUCAGUCAGUGCUGAAUUAAUGCCUACCUCAUCAUGGAACAUUUCGAGUGAACUCAACAAAGAUUCUUACCUGACCCUUGAUGAACCAAUGAAUAACAUCACCACGUCCCUGGGCCAGACAGCAGAACUGCACUGCAAAGUCUCUGGGAAUCCACCUCCCACCAUCCGCUGGUUCAAAAAUGAUGCUCCUGUGGUCCAGGAGCCCCGGAGGCUCUCCUUUAGGUCCACCAUCUACGGCUCUCGGCUGCGGAUUAGAAACCUCGACACCACAGACACAGGCUACUUCCAGUGCGUGGCAACAAACGGCAAGGAGGUGGUUUCUUCCACUGGAGUCUUGUUUGUCAAGUUUGGCCCCCCUCCCACUGCAAGUCCAGGAUACUCAGAUGAGUAUGAAGAAGAUGGAUUCUGUCAGCCAUACAGAGGGAUUGCAUGUGCAAGAUUUAUUGGCAACCGCACCGUCUAUAUGGAGUCUUUGCACAUGCAAGGGGAAAUAGAAAAUCAGAUCACAGCUGCUUUCACUAUGAUUGGCACUUCCAGUCACUUAUCUGAUAAGUGUUCUCAGUUCGCCAUUCCUUCCCUGUGCCACUAUGCCUUCCCGUACUGCGAUGAAACUUCAUCCGUCCCAAAGCCCCGUGACUUGUGUCGCGAUGAAUGUGAAAUCCUGGAAAAUGUCCUGUGUCAAACAGAGUACAUUUUUGCAAGAUCAAAUCCCAUGAUUCUGAUGAGGCUGAAACUGCCAAACUGUGAAGAUCUCCCCCAGCCAGAGAGCCCGGAAGCUGCGAACUGUAUCCGGAUUGGAAUUCCCAUGGCAGAUCCUAUAAAUAAAAAUCACAAGUGUUAUAACAGCACAGGUGUGGACUACCGGGGGACCGUCAGUGUGACCAAAUCAGGACGCCAGUGCCAGCCAUGGAAUUCCCAGUAUCCCCACACACACACUUUCACUGCCCUUCGUUUCCCAGAGCUGAAUGGAGGCCAUUCCUACUGCCGCAACCCAGGGAAUCAGAAGGAAGCUCCCUGGUGCUUCACCUUGGAUGAAAACUUUAAGUCUGAUCUGUGUGACAUCCCAGCUUGCGAUUCAAAGGAUUCCAAGGAGAAGAAUAAAAUGGAAAUCCUGUACAUACUAGUGCCAAGUGUGGCCAUUCCCCUGGCCAUUGCUUUACUUUUCUUCUUCAUUUGCGUCUGUCGAAAUAACCAGAAGUCAUCAUCACCACCAGUCCAGAGACAACCAAAACACGUCAGAGGUCAAAAUGUAGAGAUGUCAAUGCUGAAUGCAUAUAAACCCAAGAGCAAGGCUAAAGAGCUGCCUCUUUCUGCUGUACGCUUUAUGGAAGAAUUGGGUGAGUGUGCCUUUGGAAAAAUCUAUAAAGGCCAUCUCUAUCUCCCAGGCAUGGACCACGCUCAGCUGGUUGCUAUCAAGACUUUGAAAGACUAUAACAACCCCCAGCAAUGGACAGAAUUUCAACAAGAAGCAUCCCUAAUGGCAGAACUGCACCACCCCAAUAUUGUCUGCCUUCUAGGUGCCGUCACUCAGGAACAACCUGUGUGCAUGCUUUUUGAGUAUAUGAAUCAGGGGGAUCUCCAUGAGUUCCUCAUCAUGCGAUCCCCACACUCUGAUGUUGGCUGCAGCAGUGAUGAAGAUGGGACUGUGAAAUCCAGCCUGGACCACGGAGAUUUUCUGCACAUUGCAAUUCAGAUUGCAGCUGGCAUGGAAUACCUGUCUAGUCACUUCUUUGUCCACAAGGACCUUGCAGCUCGCAAUAUUUUAAUCGGAGAGCAACUUCAUGUAAAGAUUUCAGACUUGGGGCUUUCCAGAGAAAUUUACUCCGCUGAUUACUACAGGGUCCAGAGUAAGUCCUUGCUGCCCAUUCGCUGGAUGCCCCCUGAAGCCAUCAUGUAUGGGAAAUUCUCUUCUGAUUCAGAUAUCUGGUCCUUUGGGGUUGUCUUGUGGGAGAUUUUCAGUUUUGGACUCCAGCCAUAUUAUGGAUUCAGUAACCAGGAAGUGAUUGAGAUGGUGAGAAAACGGCAGCUCUUACCAUGCUCUGAAGACUGCCCACCCAGAAUGUACAGCCUCAUGACAGAGUGCUGGAAUGAGAUUCCUUCCAGGAGACCAAGAUUUAAAGAUAUUCAUGUCCGGCUUCGGUCCUGGGAGGGACUCUCAAGUCACACGAGCUCUACUACUCCUUCAGGGGGAAAUGCCACCACACAGACAACCUCCCUCAGUGCCAGCCCAGUGAGUAAUCUCAGUAACCCCAGAUAUCCUAAUUACAUGUUCCCGAGCCAGGGUAUUACACCACAGGGCCAGAUUGCUGGUUUCAUUGGCCCGCCAAUACCUCAGAACCAGCGAUUCAUUCCCAUCAAUGGAUACCCAAUACCUCCUGGAUAUGCAGCGUUUCCAGCUGCCCACUACCAGCCAACAGGUCCUCCCAGAGUGAUUCAGCACUGCCCGCCUCCCAAGAGUCGGUCCCCAAGCAGUGCCAGUGGGUCGACUAGCACUGGCCAUGUGACUAGCUUGCCCUCAUCAGGAUCCAAUCAGGAAGCAAAUAUUCCUUUACUACCACACAUGUCAAUCCCAAAUCAUCCUGGUGGAAUGGGUAUCACCGUUUUUGGCAACAAAUCUCAAAAACCCUACAAAAUUGACUCAAAGCAAGCAUCUUUACUAGGAGAUGCCAAUAUUCAUGGACACACCGAAUCUAUGAUUUCUGCAGAACUGUAAAAUGCACAACUUUUGUAAAUGUGGUAUACAGGACAAACUAGACGGCCAUAGAAAAGAUUUAUAUUCAAAUGUUUUUAUUCAAGUAAGGUUCUCAUUUAGCAGACAUCGCAACAAGUAUCUUCUGUGAAGUUUGACUGUGUCUUACCAAGCAGGACAGACACUAGGCCAGAAAAAAACAAAACAAACAAACAAACAAAAACAUUGUGGGAUGUGCACUCCAUUGGAGUGUAUGACAUGGCAUUGGGAUUGGAACAUGUGGUUUCAAGCACUGAAAGCUGCAAACCAGUGAAGAGGAAAAGAACCUUGUGAUUAAAUAUAAAACCAAAAGUCAAAUGGUGCUUUGUGUUUUAGCCUUCAGUCACCAUGACUGGUCUCUCCCCCAGAUGUAUAUAUACCAUAGCAUUUGUCUACCUGCUGUCUUUUCUUCAGGACAGAUGUUCAGGAAUUAUAUUGAUUGAAUUUAGACUCUUUGCAUGUUCUUAUGGAAAUGAUGUUCAGAAUCAAUGAAGAAACUUCAGGCCAAAUUUGAAACCCUGGAGGGAAAUGAGCCAUAAGACAAGUAUAACAAGCCCUGAAGCCUUCUAUGUCGUUGUGCUUCUUUGGGAAGGUGUAGAGCGUGCCUUUUUGUGAAUCCUCCUCUGAUCAUGAGGGUCUUUCCCACAGUUUCUCACAGUGUGUUUACACUGCCCUUGGAAUAACACAGCGCAUCAGACCAUAAGAAGGGUAGAUGUGGAUGCUAGAAUUGAUUGUUGGUUGAUAGUUCUCUUUGCUGGAUUAGGAAUGAGGCGCCAAAGGAAGCACAGCCAGGAAAAUGGCCCUACAGCCUAGAUCAGCAUCUGUGGGAAAGGAAAAAGGGUUCCCAUGGGGACAGCCCCCAUAGGAGUUUUCUGGAACCAGUAACACUGAAAAAUAAGUGUGUGGCUACAGAUGAGCACACCUACCCCUUGCAACUCCCUGUUUACAAGUUGUCCAAGGCAUUGGAGUGCUUAUGGUCAAUGGACUCUAGGGAAGUAGGAAACUCCAUCAUGAUACCAAUGUCUAGUAAUUUUAAAGUUUCUCUCCCUUUUUUUCUGUGCUGGAAACUUUCACAGAUUUGAUUCCCACCCCAAGAAUUACAACGAUGUAUUCAUACAGUUAGUUGGAAUCCAAAGGUAAUUAAUUCUAUUUUGCAAAAUAUGAUGGUCUUCCUAAAAAACAAGUACUGAGUUCUCAUUUCAAAAGUUACCAAGAACUGAAUUCUUUAAACUAGCAAAUCGAAGUAACGUAACCAUUUUUGCCUUAGUGGGAGGUUUCAAAUGUGCAGCUCAUGGCAUUUACCUGCCAACCAUCUUUUGCCAAGUUUAGAAUUCUUAUGCGUUUCAAGUUCUAUAUAGAAAGUAAUUUUACUUUUGAUUUUUCUCUUGUUAAAAAAAAAACUCCUUUAUUCUAAGAACAAUGUCUCAAAGUCUCAUUUUUACUUUAAAGGUAUAAGAGACUUAUAAAGAGACUUACAGGAUAUAAAAGUAAUUCCUGGAAAUGAUAUUUGAUGAGGAGAAUAUAAGAGAAUUAAAAACACAUUGAUGUUUUCAUUUUUAAAAAAUACAUCUAGCAUGAGAAAUCAAGAAAAUAUGUUUACCAAAAUGUAUUGCAAUUUUCCCAAACCUGAGUCUUCAAAUAACAAACAUGAACUUACAGGUACUGUGAACUCGAAGAAUUGGUUAUAUCCAGAUUUCUGGGAGAUAAAUUAAGACAUAUUUUUGUGGCAUAAAUAAGCUGAUUCAGAAGUUACAUUUCUUAACUUUAGGUAGAGGAGAAUAUUUGUAUCCUUUUGUUGCUAUGCAACUGUUUAAUGAUGAAGCUUCAAACCACAAUUUUGUAUAUCAUAUGACAAUCAAUUGUUUUCCAAGAAUAUUUAUUAUUUUAAGUACACAAUUUCAGUGAAUCUGAGUUUUUCUAGGAGUCCCUUAAAGGGAAAUUAGCAUUCCAUGAGCCAGUAAAAUACCUACUCUGGUAAAACAUUAUUAUGGUUAAAAAGUAAAUUCAAGUUAGUUUUUUAUAAAGAACUAUAACAUUUAUUUUAAACAUUUUAUAAUAACUGAAAACAUUAAAGUGAGCAAAUGAAAUUUCAAAACCACUUGUAAUAAUGUAUUUUAUAAUCGCACUGUGAUACUAUAUAACACAGUCUCUUUUGUAUUAAAAUAGUAUUUUUUUCACAAACUGAAAAAUAUCUUUUCCUUUGUUGACAAUGUUUUGUAAGAUGACUUUAUUUUCAGAUCUUUUUCUCCUUUUUUGCACAAAACUAUGCUUAUGGUUUGUGUCACAGAAGUGAAAAUAUAUCUUUGCAUUUUUAUAUCUGGUCUGUUUUUCUUGUUUCCUUUGUUUUUAACUUGAUAUAGAUUUUCUUCAAAUAUAUAAUGGCAAUUUUCAGAUAUCUCACCCUACCAUAUCUUUCCUUAUUUUCACUGCAUGCAUGUAAUCACUGUACUACUUAAUGUUUGAUUUGUUAUUAUGGGCAUUUCAAAUAGACAAGCAUUGAAUUGUAAUGACAAAAAGGCUAUUUUAUAUUAAGGAUAUAUGCAUUUGUAUUUCACACACCAGAGAUGAUAUUAAACACUGAGUAUUUUAUGCUGCUGUUUAUUAAAAAUGUUUACUAUAAAA